AGUCACUGAGGCACACACUCACUUCUGUGCUUGUGUAACUGAGGAACGCCCCCCUGAACAGACGACAGGAAGACUAUUCCUCAGUUGACUGAGCAAAUAUCGAUGCUAUAUUUACUUUGUUUUGUUUUUGUUAAUUAUCAAUUAUCUUACGAGUCACUAAGACGAGACUUUGGUAAGAAGCUCCAUACUGAAAUCUGACACUACAGUCAGGCUACAUCUUGGCCUAUUUGCAUACUCGCAGUGGUUGGAUAUUUACUGGGGAGGUGUGAAGAAGAAGAAGAACUUUUGAUCCGCGAAGGGAAAUUCAAAUUUUGUGUGUGUUUGUAUGUGCGCGCGCUGCACAGCCUUCUAAACUUCUAAAAUUCUGAUUAGAAUGGGAAACACAUUUAAGCAAUGCAAGAGGGCGUCGUCUCCUCUUCCCCCUGCGUAAAGCCGGCCUCGCGCGGAUCCUCUCGUGAACUUUGGAGCCGACUUCCUUGCACAGCACACACUCACCGAACCUCUACCUCCGGCUCCUUCUUUUCAGUGGAAACAGUCCUCCGUGAUCAGCAGAUAUGGCAGAGCCAAGUGGGAUCCUGAUUAAAGGAGGGAGAGUUGUGAACGAGGACUGCUCCACGAUCAGCGACGUCUACAUAGAAAAUGGGAAAAUAGCAGAAGUUGGGCUGAAUCUUCAGGUCCCGUUGGGGGUGCGAGUCAUUGAUGCCACGGAUAAACUGGUGAUCCCGGGUGGCAUCGACACGCACACACACAUGGAGCUGGCGUUUAUGGGCACCAAAGCUGUGGACGACUUCCACAUUGGUACAAAGGUGCAGAUCUUUUAUUUUCAUAACACGUCCCCAAUAAUAUCCCAGAAUACAAACUCGUCAAGGUGAGAGACAAAGAAAAGCACAGCAGUUAAACGUUGAGUAUCUGUUUAGAUUAAUGCUUCCUACGGCAACUUCAUGACCACAGUCGUGUAUAAACCUUUUCUUUUCUUUUCUUUUCUUUUACAACCCUAACCCUACUUCAAUUGUAAAGGCCUACCAAUUCUAGCUAAAGUCAGCUACACAUAUGUCUGAGUAUUAUUGACGACACGAGGCACAACUAUGAGAUUACAGAGACUAUAUAGUUAAGAAUAUUUGGGACAUUCCUGUUUAGUGGUUUAACACAUUUACAUGAUAUGAAAUAUGUUAAACUGCUUAUUUUUAAACUGUCUUAUUUUGAAGGAUGCCAACCUUUGAGUGUUUUGAAAGUGUGCGAAUGAACUUGCUUUAUGUUUAUCAGUUUUUUUAUUUUAUUUUAUUGCAUUUCUUUUCUUUUGAAGACUUUUUUGUGGACAAGAUUUGCAUAAUUGCGGUAAAAGUACAGAAACACAUUUUCACAAACAGAUGUUGUAUGAGGAGUUAAGUCAGGAGGUUUUCCAUCUGUGCAGCCUGCAGCAGCCACAAUCUGCUAACCUAACUUUACAGUUGAGAUGUCAGAGACACUUUAUCAACACGAACAGAGACAAAGUAUUUGUGUUGAUCUGUCCAAAACCUAGUGUUGUUACCAAACUAGUAGUAACAUGUCACAGCCCUACACCCUGAUCUGUCAGAGCAUGUUGUUUCUGUUAUGCAAUAAUUGACUUUUUUCAAACUGUGAUGACUAGAACCAAAGGGGGGAAAAGGUUUUAAAUAUGUCUUUACUGAGGCAUUUCACACCUGUUUCCCCAUUAACUACAAGACACUGUUGAUUUCUGGUGGGGGAUGCACCAAAUUUCAGUACUGAAGUCCUAACAUACAGCUGAUGGCUACAGGUAUUAAGUAUUUUUUUAAAAUUUCAGCCUCUACAGCAGUGGUUCUCAAGUCCAGUCCUCGAGCCCUCCCUGUCCUGCAUGUUUUGGAUGUUUCCCUGCUCCAACACACCUGAUUCAAAUGAUCAGCUCGUUAUCAAGCUCUGCAAUGGCUUAAUAACGAGCUGAUCAUUUGAAUCAGGUGUGUUGGAGCAGGGAAACAUCCAAAACAUGCAGGACAGUGGGCCUCGAGGACUGGAUUGAGAACCACUCCUCUGCAGAGAGUAAUAGAAACCCCAGAGUUAGAAAAUAUAAAUCAGUACUUUAGUCUGUAUUGUAAUAUUUGUGUUUCAACAGGCUGCUCUUGCAGGAGGGACCACUAUGAUCAUGGACUUUGUCAUCCCUCAAAGAGGCCAGUCUCUCCUGGAGGCUUAUGACUGCUGGCGUCAAACAGCUGACCCCAAAGUUUGCUGCGACUACUCGCUGCAUGUUGCUGUCACAUGGUGGAGUGAUAAGGUUAAUGAGCAUAUUAAUAUAAAAAAAAAAACAACACACUGAUCCCAACUAUUCCAAAGACAUUUGAGAAAGAAACAACAGAAAAAAGAAACAUCUGAUUAUAACAUAAAUUAUCAAGUAUUUUUGUUGUUUCUUUUUCUUUUUGAGAGUCAGAGUCAUUAUCCAAAAUGAUUCCAGUUUAUAUCCAUCUGAUUCUCCUCCAGGUCAAACAAGAGAUGCAGACGAUAACGGCGGAGAAAGGAGUCAAUUCCUAUAAGAUGUUUAUGGCCUACAAAGAUGUAUUCAUGCUGCAGGACUCUGAGCUGUAUGCUGUUUUCUCAAACUGCAAAGACAUCGGAGCCAUAGCUCAGGUUCAUGCUGAGAAUGGAGACCUGAUUGCAGAGGUUAGUAACUGCAAAUGUGAGAACCUGCCCUUUAACCAGGGUGAACUGUAAGAAAUCUGUGCUAUGGACGUCUCUGAUACAGUCUCCUUUAUCAGGAUGGCCUCAGUUAGUUCACGUCAGUUGCACAAUAUGUAAACACACCACAGUCCAAACAGGAACGUCUAAAGAUUAAAGUUUAACCAUCAAAGUCAACAGGACAUGAUCCUGCUCAGUGUUGUAAAGGAAUAAAUGUAGUUGCUGUAUAACUCUGCAGACAGCAGGUAUUUGUUAACCACUGAGAACAAUAAAUGUCUUUUUAUUUUAAAUGGACAGGACAUGCUGGUCCAGUGUCUAUCAAGUGUUUUCCGGGUGGAACAAGGUCAAUUACGGCUCUACGUGGUUGCAGCAACAGUUAAUAUUUAAAACAACAAUGUAAAGUAACACCAGCUAGUCUACUAUUUGAAAAGUUUGACUCUUAGAAAUGAGGAUUUUCAAGGCUUGUUUUAAUGUAGAUGAUUAACAUGAGACAUCUGUGGCUCAGUUGAAGGAGGGGCUAUUCACCCAUCAUAAGGUUAAUGGUUCGAGGCAUGGCUCCUGUAGUCAGCAUGUGGAAGUGACACUGACAUGCAGGGUUGCUCCUAAAGCAUAAGUGUCCCUCUCCUCCUUUCUCAUCCCGACAUAGUCGCAGCAGAUGACAAUUUUAUUUUUUCUUCUUUUUUAAAACAUCUCAAGACAAAGUUUAUUUGAAUUGGUGCUAUAAAAAUAAAGUCUUAUUGACUGAUUCAUUAAUGAUUGAUAUUUAAUGUGAUUUUCCUGUGAGUGAUUAGAAGACUAUAAAGCUCUGUAUAAGAGCAGUCCUUUAAAGUUUAUCUGUUCUCAUUUGAAAGUUACAUGUAUUCAUAGUUUCAGUUACUCUUUUCUUGAUUUCAGUACAACAGUUUUACCACUGGGGAGCAGCAAAUGCCAGAAUGUGAAAGAAAGUUUGCCAGUGUGAUAAUUGCUUUUUAACUGUAGGAACUAUUACCAGUGAAAAUAUGUAUAUACAUGAAUUUUGACUCUGUUUAUGUAAUUUUUUUCUAUCCUUUUGAGAGUUCUAACAGUCUUAUAUUCACAACAUAAGCUGCUAUACAAUGUACACACAAACAGCAGAGAGAGAGUUAAACAGGUAGAAGCAAUGCAGCUCACCUGCUGUCAAGGUGAUUUAUGACAGCUUUAUGCAAAAGGAAAAUAAAAUCAGCAAAGACCAGUGAAAGAGCUGUGCAAGUUACUUCAUUCCCAUAUACCUUCCCUGGAUCUCACUGGCCUGAUCAACAUUAUUGACACUGAACUUCAGGCCCCCAGUGGAAACACAGACAACAAUGGGCCACAGGAACCAUUUAGUCCCUUAAAGAGAGGUCCCUGGACCUAAAAGCUCUGGGUGCUUUGGGUCGAAAAGAACCAAAUGAUACUUACUUGGAGUCUCAAAAACAGAUAUAAAACUAUAACAUCAAUUCAUUACAUCUGGGUUAUACGGUUUCUAAACUUAUAAGAUAAGUGUAUUUUAUCUUGAGUUUUUAUUCUCGUUUAUGAAACUGUAUUUUGAUGCAUCCUCUUUAAUAGAUCAGACAUAAACCUCAUCUUUAUCAUACUGACCCUGAGUUAUGAUAACAGCAAUCUACACUCACAAUCAUGCUAGUCAUUACUUUGUGAUUAACCUUUUUGAAGAAAAAACAAUAAUCCAUUUACACUUCACUCCAUUUACUUCACUCUGUUUACACUGAUAUUGGCUGUACAGGCUUUGUUAAUGAUAAGGGUUUUGCCUACAGCCUUAUACUGGUUUCUGUUUUCUAAGAAUAAAAAUUCAAUAAUAAAAAGGUACAGAUAGUUAAAAAUGGAAGACAUGUUUCUCAAGCUGCUUUGCCUCAUUCAUGUGAUAAAGCAUUUUAAAAAAAUAUGGUUGUAUUUGUCACAGUCUGCUCCCUUUCUGCUUUGACAGAUAAUGCUUUUUUUUAUCUUUUCAGAUGAAGAUGAUGAUGAUGAUGAUGAUGAUGAUGUUUAACCUUUACCUGCCCUUGUUUCUCUGCUCAUGCUGGGGCCUAACAGGGGGCUAAGAAGAUGCUGUCCAUGGGAAUCACAGGACCCGAGGGCCAUGAGCUGUGUCGCCCAGAGGAGGUGGAGGCAGAGGCCACCCAGCGAGCGAUCACCAUCGCCAACGCUGUCAACUGCCCUCUGUAUGUGGUCCAUGUUAUGAGCAAAUCUGCCGCAAAGGUGGUGUCUAAUGCACGCAGAGAUGGUAAGUGAGGGCUUGCUGCCACCUGCUGUUGAAAUGGAGGAAAGAUGAGUAAAAUGACUGCAUGGUAUCGGAGUAAAACUUCAGGCUUCAUAUUCCUUGCCUUUACUUUCUGUUCAAAAAAUACCAGUUAUUCAUGAGGAGAACAGCUUCAAGCUUAUAAAUACAAAAUGUACUGUAAGAAGGUAUUAUUAUGUGAGACAAAACUCCACUAUAGUUUUUCCAUUUCCUUCUUCCUCAGGUCGAGUGGUGUUCGGGGAGCCCAUUGCAGCUGGUUUGGGCACAGAUGGAACUCACUACUGGCAUAACGAGUGGGCCCAUGCUGCUGGCUUUGUCAUGGGUCCUCCACUCAGGCCUGAUCCCAGCACCCCAGGGUACCUCAUGGACCUACUAGCGAAGUAGGUAUAACAGAAUAUAUUGGAGUUAUUCUACAUGAUAGUGUUACUGUUACAAAAGUGUUUUUCAGUUCUUCCUCCAUGUUUUGGAGCAAUCGAUUUAAUCACAGAUAAGAAGAUCAGAAUAAAAGAGGCUGAGGCUGACAGGCUACAAUAUAAUAACAGUAAUAAUUAUAUAAUAAUGAUAAUCAUCCAAAUGAAUGUAACAUACAUUCAUACUGCCAUUAAUAACUGAACUCCAUCUUACUCUAUUAUUCGCACUUGUAUUUUCCUAGUGAUGAUCUCAGUGUGACCGGGACAGACAACUGCACCUUUUCCAUCUGCCAGAAGGCUUUAGGAAAGGACGACUUCACCAAGAUCCCUAAUGGAGUGAAUGGAGUGGAGGACAGGAUGUCUGUCAUCUGGGAGAAAGGAGUGGUAGGUUAUAGUGAUAAUAAUAAUGAUAAUGAAAAUAAUAAUGAUAUAUUUGUAAUUAGUAUAGCACUCUUCAAAAACAAGUUAAAAAGUGAGUAACAACCACACAGACUGAAUCAUAAGAGACCUUGAGGGCAUGCAGACAUGGAGGUGGUCAGAGAUGAUCUAAGGUGCUUAUUUAUUCAAAGAUUUCUAAUGCCAGUUAAAAGUUGAGCAGCAGCAUUUUAGACGUACUGCAGAUGCAACAAUGAGACCUAGCUAACACCCACAUUGAGUCCAAAUAAAAGCAUUUAUUAAUGACUCAAACUUGCAACAACACAAAACAGAUUUAAUUUUGAAUAAAAGCCCCAGAUGAUAAAAACAAGAUUUAGAAAACAGAGUAAAUCUGUUUGUCUGUUGUAAGGUCACUGUCCAUUUCACUGUUUGUCAACUGUUUGAGUCUGAAACGGCAGAGGUAUAAGCAGAGCUAAUGCAACGCUUUUUUAAUUGUUUGUGUAACAUAAGUUGCGGUGAUGAAUAAAAGGGGCCGGCUACAGAGAAAAUGACAACACAGUGUAACCAUGACAACAACACAGAUUGUGUCUUUUUAAAAUAAAGGUCCUAUUUGCAUUUAUUUUACAUCAACUUGAUGCCUUUACCGCUUGACUUAUCAGCAUACAUCAUCAUCAUCAGGAAAAUGAGUCAGUUCACAUUCAAUGCUCGGAGUGGCUGGUUUUGCUGAAUAGUUAAACGGCAUGUCUCAUGCAUAGAGGCUGGGGUUCUGAGAGUGAAGUGGGCAGCCUUGGUUUAAUUCUGACCCACAGCCCUGUGAUAUACUAGUUCCCCACUUUAUCCUUAGUCUUUUUUCUCAAAUAAAAGCAAAACAAAAACUCAACAAAAAAUAGAUUUAGAAAAGGGCUCAUGUGUCCCACAGUUUUGCAGAGUAUCUAAAAUCUGCUGCAUGAGUCUAGACAACAGUGAAGAGGAACCAUUGUACAGGCUGUGAGGUUGAGGCUGUGAUAGGCCGUGUGCAGACAGACUAUGAAUCAAUUAAUGCUUGAUUUGCAGAAAUCAGACUUUUUAGGAUGCAUUUUUUAAGCAUCAAUCUGUCUGCCCAUAAACCACUGGAUAGACUUGUCACAUGCAGCAUUGCUUACUAAUUCCAUCCUGUGACAAUCUCUUGUUUGAAAGUUUUUUGCUUGCUGCACAGUGAGACACUGACCUUUAGUCUGUAAGUUCUGUAUUGUCAUCCCCUGUGGCCUUAUACCUAAACCAGCUGUAUUGUGCAUUUUCUUUCAUCAGCACAGCGGCAAAAUGGACGAGAACCGAUUUGUAGCCGUCACCAGCAGCAACGCAGCAAAAAUCUUUAACUUCUACCCACAGAAAGGCCGUAUCGCCAAGAAUUCAGAUGCUGAUGUGGUUAUAUGGGACCCCAAAAUGACAAGGUAAGGACGAGACUCCAGGCAUAGAGCAGGGAGGGAGAAAGCUUUUAGAAACAGAGAAGCUGUCAGACGCUGAAUGGACUGCUUCAAUACUUCAGCUCUAAUGCUUCUCCAGGUGUUGGUGCUGCAACACUAGGCAAACUUAAAAGCAUGUCUUCAGGGUGUUAAGCAUUUGGUUGAAUCAGAUAACAAACACAAGUGAAACUCAAGAACAAGUCAGACUGGAUCUAAUAGGAGAAGUGAUGUAUCUUUCAUCUUUUGCAACCUACACACACUCAGACUCUUACCAACCCAGUAAGCUGAUUACGUCUGUGCUCUAUGCAGAAGUCAGGGGAUGUCAUCACUUAUCUACAGCUGCAAAUUAAAGCACAACACUAUUUACAUAUGAAUCACACUUGUCAGUCUUAAAAUAAGACGGUUGCAGUGACUACAUCUUUCCAUGUUUGGUUAUUUUUGAAGGAGAGAUUUUAACACACUUACAUAAGCUAGACGCUCACAGCGGCGAUAGGAUGAUGCUGGUGGGUCAUGGUGAGGAUCUUAAAGAUGACGAAUAUUACACGUGGGAGAUAAACCAAUUUUCAUGGUCAAGAACACGCAGUAUCAAGGCUAUUUUAGGUGAGCGGCUCAGAGUGCAGGCUGUUUUAAAAAAUGAUCAUGUGAUUGUUUCUAUAUUGUUUCUAUACGUCUCCUCUUUAUUAGACAGUAUGCUGCCCUGUGGAGCACAAACACAGAUGCAUAGAGGACGGUUUGCGUUCCUGUACAUGUGUACUGUAGCCGAGGCUUAUAUAACCCGGAGUUGCGAUGCUCUGUUUGUUGGAGAAUCUGGGCUGAGCCCCUCAGGGCAGCAACUGACUGCUGAUGUGAACAGGAGAAGUACACGUUACACCCCAGUGUAUUUUGCUGCAAAUGAAUUCACUGUUACCGCCGGAGAAGCUUCUGCGUGUACUGAAACCUGCGAGGCCUUCGAGUGGUAGAAUUUACAGUAUUUUGGUCCUGUCAGGCCUAUCUCAGACAUCACCUGUUUGUUUCACUGAUUGUGUCAUCUGUCUCUACCAUGUGCACAAACUGGCUGAUUUAAUAAUUCUAUUCAAGCAUGAGAGCGCCUCAUGUUUGAUUCUGCAGCAGUUAAUCCAUCUGUGAAACUGCGUAAUUAAUCGCCCUCUGUACAAGUGUCGCUUCAUAACAUCCGGCACCAGGGGCCACAAUCAGUUGCAUAACCAGAGAGGCCAGGGAAGCUAAGUCAAUUGCCUUGUGUGUCAUAAUUAGGCUACUUGAAUAAAAGGGGCAUUUUUUUUUUUUGCAUGGUGUCUGGAUUCACAAAAGAGAUUCUCUAAAAUGAAAGACUACAUUCAUAGGGUUUAAUAACAAUUAGAAGAUGUGGAGAAGCCUCAAACUGAUGCUUGUCCUGCAUCUCUUUAUUUCCUGAUUAAAGCCUCUUCUUCUUCUUCUUCUUCUCCAAAACUAAAACCCCAGCCUCUUUAGGAAGAAAGCAUUGCAUGAGCAUAUUUGUAAAUAAUGCAUCCCUUUAUAUUGCGUGUUGCUGCAAAGUUAGUUGUUAGUGAGCUGCAGUAACCCGGUGCUGAGCAUGGGUACAUCUUGGCCUGAUUCAAUCAGUUUCAGAUUACAGUGGAAUGCAUUGAGGUCUCACAAAAGGUCUAUGUUCCAAUUCAGCUGAGUCAACAGAAAGUAUGUCGGUUAUAUCACUUUAUCACAAGGGCUGCAUGUGAUUAUCAAACUGGGUUUUUAGCCUGGCUUUCAGAAUCUGAUCGCAAAUCACAGUGAUAUCUUUGUGUUUUUUUAUAGGAAGAUAUCAGCCAAGACACACCACCAGGCUGUGGACUACAACAUCUUUGAGGGUAUGGAGUGUCAUGGCGUCCCUGUCGUCACCAUCUCCAGAGGAAAAGUGGUCUGGGAAAACGGGCAGUUAAAGGUGUCACCAAGUCACGGCAAAUUCAUCCACAGGAAGCCCUUCUCUGAGUUUGUUUACAAGAGAGUCAUGCAGAGGGAGCAGGUCAGUCAAGAUUCACUGUUUAAAUACCACCAAACGAAACUAUCAGUACAGUUGAAUCCAGUUAUUUACAUGGCUCAAUAAGGCGGUUUAACUGGUCUACUGUCCUUGUCCCUGUUUACAAAGAUUAUUGACAGAGGCAUUUUAGCUUGCAAAUACUGGGUCAUCUCGAAAACAAGUUCGCAAGUGGCUAAUGGACGCCGUCACUUUUACAGCUCUGUAUCAUUUGUUUUUACAGUAGGGAAGUUUUGUCUUUUUCCGUCCUUUCUUUGUCAAGGUUUUGUCUACUACUCAGCAUUUAUGCUCCUUAACAGCUCAAAGCCUGGCGUGCAAACACCAGAGCAUGACCAUGUAGCGAUUUGAAUUCAUAAUAAAUGUCUUAAGAUUAAUAUUUGAUAAUAAUCUUAAUUUAUGACAUUUAUGCCCUCGUUGAAGGGGGCACCACCCACCUUUUAAUGGUGGGAAAAUAAAGAAAAACAAAAGUUUCAUUCAGAAAUCAAACACUAAGUUCAUCUUAAAUUAAUCAAUCUCUCAUAAAUCUAUUAUAAAAUAAUGAUCGGUUUAUUACAGGACAAAUACUGAUCCAACACACAUGCAGUAUAUGAUGAUAAAAUAAUGAGGAUAGAUAAUAACAGAUGAAUGGAAGAUUCUGAGUUAGGCUACGAUUAUUUAGGUUAAUGAUAGUGAGUGAAUAUGCUCUAACAUAUUAACCUACAUUAACUUUGGUGUAAAGAUAAAUUUUUUAUGUGGUUAUUUGAAUUAUGAAGCAUGAGACAGCAUCAGCCCUGUUUGGAGCUCUGGAGGUUUGGAUACUUAAGUGAGGCUGGUCCUUGGAAAAGAUGGAGCAGGUUCUUAAGUUCCAGGCUACUGGUUCGAGAGGUUCAGCUCUGCGCACAGGCCUGAAAGCAAAAAUCAGUGCCUUAUGUAUCCUUUGGAUGCUCCUUUGGUCUCACUGCAACACUCUGGCUCAGAGGGUGACUUUGGGCCUGCUGGGUGGCGUUCAGAGGUGACUUGGCAAUCACGCAGAUAGCCAAGAAAAAGAGGCUCGAUGACCAGUUGAAACUGUUUCAAAAAUUAAGGAAAAUCAAUUAAAGGCUUAAUCUUGAAUUGCUAUGUGCACAAAAAGUUGAGGUUUCACAACUUGAACUAAGACGAUGUUAAAGAAAAAUCAAGCGAGAAAACAAGCUGACAGAAGAUCAUGGUGCAGUGUCCAUCCAACCUAUAAUUGUACUAAUUGUAGUUAUUCUCUUUGGAUUGUACUCACAGAGAGCACAGGGAAGAUCAACCAAAUUUAGGAUUUAUGGCUGAGCUGAUUAACCUGACGCUUCCCAGUCAGGAGGUCAUGACAGAUGUUUAUCUGAUCGAGUGGUCCUGCAGUUCUCUCCUGCUGGCCAUAAACAGUGUCUUUGUCUUUUUGAAGCAGAGAGGAUACAAGGUUUGUCCUUUUGGGAAGGCUUCUUUGGUUAUCUUGUAUAGAGACAGGAUGUUGUAGAAGGAUUGUGAUUUGGAGUUAAAGGUUUACACCAUCUCAUCUCCGGUGAACAGAUGUAAGUCUUACAUUCUCUUGGGGGUCUGGAUGAAAUGGUGGUGGUCUCUGCUACAACCAGAACCAAAGUUGUGUCAGGUUUUUUUUUUUUUUUUUGUCAAAAUACAAUCCUGCUUUCUAUAGGAAUAGACAAUGAAACAAUGUUUAAAUCAACAGACUCAUAAUUGAGGAUUUAGCCUCUCUAAAUACUCAAAUUUAGAGGUUGUAGUGAAGAAAAGAGUUUUACUUUUCUCAGGUGGUCGGAGACAACAUGAAAUCAUACAUUUUACUGUUCAUCCUCUGUAUUUAUGGAUAAACUGCUCUGAACUGAUAAACUGGCUGUAUUAGUUUACUGUUUGUCUGUGUUUGGUGCACAGUUUAUCUUGUAUUGCUCUCAAGUGGCCCAAAUAUUCUUUUUCUAUAUCAUAACCAGACGAGAAAUACUCCAGGGAAUAAUGUUGAUGUGCUCUAUUUUUUAUUUCAAUAUGUGCUCUGGAUAAAAAGCCCUUUCUUUCACUUUCUGCUCCAAGCAGAGCUAGUUCAAACAUUACCCUGUGAUCAAGGCUUUCAGCUAGGACAUGUUAACCUCUGUACAAUCUGUUCUGUCGUAACUGGUAUCCUUCUUAUAUAUCUAUCCAGAAUCAUAAAUAGAAUAUAGAGGAUGUCACUGUCUAAGUCAUGUUAAAAGUACCCUUUUCUCUCCUGCUUUGUUUUUGGCUUUUCAGGUGGGGAAACCUACUGCUGUGAUCAGAAAACCCUAUGAAGGCAAAGUCAUCUCUAUAUGAACGGCUGACAGAUAGUCUUCAGUCGACACCAUCCAGAAGUUCUCAAAACUCUCCGUGCUUUCUCAGUGGGCUGUUUUCAUACUGCUGAAUCAUACUUAAGCCAAUCAUGGAAACAUUAUUGCUGAUCUGAUUAUCUGUGAGCAGUAGAACGGUCUUAAUGUUAGCCUUCAGGUCAACUCUCAUCCAUGUUUAGGUCAAGACUCUGUUAUCACAUAUCUCUUUCAGCUGUUCAGCUCUGUGGGAUUACCAGGUCAGUUUGUCUCUGUGCCAAAAAUGAUGUAAAGAAUGAAAAAAGGUUUUAUGAUUUCAUGAAAAAAAAUCCAGGUUAUGUCAUUCCCUUUUAUAUUGCUCACAUAACUGUAACAUUGUAAUUGUAAAUUAAUUUUGGCUUUAUUAAAUGCACCUGAUUCUGCUUUUUUGCGCUCAACUUUAAUCUCUUUCUCACACUGUGUUUGUUGCCAGUGGUAACGGGAGUGAUUUUUCUCACCCGCAAGCAUUUCCCCCCUUUGAUGAAAUAAUCGUUUGAACGCACUGACAUGUGUGAAGGCAUUAAGAUUUACUAUGUUGACCCAGAUUGACUCAGUAUUUGCAUAUUCAGCAGGAUUUCACAUUAUCAUUUACACUCCAUCUAUGCCCAUAUAAGGAUUGUAUUCAUUCCUCGCCAUGGUAAAAAAGGUCUGUGGCUGUCACUGAGCAUCAUGUGGCAGCUUCCUAUUGGGCUGGCAUGCUGGCGUGGUAUUGUGCCACAGGGCCAGUUGAGACAUAAUGUGAGCUUAUCAGGUUGCCACACGGGUCAGUGGCAGCGUGUGAGUCACAGAAGGCCUACUCAUCCUCGAAGCUGUACUACUUCCUCCUUUCGCUGCCAACAAUAGAAGGGAUGGCGUGAGGCCAGUGUUGGGGCUGUAAACGCUCAAUACUGUGUGUCUCUGUAGAUGGCGAGAUGUCCUCCUGGGAUAAAGCUCUGCACAGAUUUAAACUGGAGCCCCAAAAGUAAACAAUCCCGGAAAUACACCAGAUAUUGCACAAAACUUGGGGUGCAUGAAAUACACUUUUGAAUCUCCAAAAAGAAGUUCAAUCUCUCUCAGAAUUGAAUUCAAAAAGUGGAACUUCCACUUCACACACAACCUUUUAGGACUUUUUAAAAAUGUAUUAUUAACCUUGAUGAUACUGAUUUAAACUUAAAUCCUACUUUAACCUUAAAUCAUUUGAAUAUUACAAAAAUGAUUAAAAUAAUAUAAAGAACUUGUAGCCCAUUUCUUGGACAUAUUUGUGUUUAGGUUUUUUUUAUAUAGUUCUUGGUGGUUGAGUAUACUGAACUAGAGUGAAGGAAUAAAAGCUGUGCAGGUGUUCAUAGCCUUUCAUAUUGACAAGAAACUGUACCACAGUAUUCUGAUGUUUUAAAACAGAGGAUUUUUGAUAUAAGUAAGCUGUGAGCUGUAAUUAUCAAGACUCAGAGUAUAUUCUAGAGCAGUGGUUCUCAAGUCCAGUCCUCGAGGCCCACUGUCCUGCAUGUUUUGGAUGUUUCCCUGCUCCAACACACCUGAUUCAAAUGAUCAGCUCGUUAUCAAGCUCUGUUAUGGCUUAUAACGAGCUGAUUAUUUGAAUCAGGUGUGUUGGAGUAUAUGGAGGUUUUACUUUUUGAACGCAAUCAUGGUAAAAGAAAAAAAGAAAAGGACUUUUUCAAGCCUUUUUAAUCUGUUGAGCUGCACCUGUAUAAAAAAAGGAGAAAGCUGUGUAGAGCAUUUAACCAAGUGAUGACAUUCUAUAAAAUAAAUGAUAAAAUACAUAUGCUUCCUCUAUCUACCACUGUGAUGUGUGCCUGUGGAAUGACAGUGAGCCAGAAACCAAAACACAGACCGCUGGACUUGAUCACAUGUGAGGGUAGAAGAAAGAACACGCAUUCACUAAUUCACAAGAACACCCAUUUACCGGGCCUUUGUGGUGCCUAGUUAUUUCGGACAGGCAUUUUUCUAGCAAGUAAGAACGGAAAGAAGGAUGAAAACCAGUGACAGGUUUAUAACAGAACAACACACCUGGACUUAACAAUAGACAGUGACAUUGUGGAAGUGGAAAAAAGACAGCACUGUGGAUGGCACAUGGAGGGACCUGUCUGGGGUUAUAUAAGCAGAUAUCUGUUUUCAGCCUUGUCUCAAGAGGAUCCAAAAAGAUAAGGUACUGAGUCUGUCCUUGAUGAGAUGGUUGGGAUUAGGUUGAUUAAACAGUAUCAUUCCAGAUUUGAAGGUGGUGAGUCAAAGAAGAUCUUGUGCCAUCCAACGGUUUACAGCAAUGAGACAGUGUCUGACAGCAGCCUAGCUUUUAGGGUCCUCAGAGGUCUCAGAGAAGGUAUUUGUGUGCCAUUAAGUGUGUGCAUCACCUGUCUGAAAUAAAACAACCAGAUGUAUGUCUUAGAGAAGUAAAAGGUACUUAAUUGCUGAGUGCUCAGUAAAGUUAACUAAAUGGGAGUAUAACCUCUAUUUUAAUGGGACAUAAUUAUGUUUUUUAUCAGUGUGAAAGCUAUACUAAUAUUAUAUGACUGUGAACAACUGUAACAUUUGUAACUAUAAUUAUACAGUACGAGCACAAAGAAGUAACAGGGAGCCCGGUAUCCUGCAUUUUUAUUAAUAAAUUAUUCCACAAAGCUGAAUAUCCACAGAUGUAUCUAUAAAUAAAGUACAUUUACACAUCAUCACAAGAUAGAGAGCAUUUAAAAGAACAAAGUCCACACUUUAUAAUAUUGUAAAAAAAUUAAAUAAAAUAAAUACAAAAUUUCAAAGACCUGUGCUUGUGAGACAAAAUAUUCAAAUAUUCGAGAAGCAGGCAAAAUCAGGUCCAGAUGUGGGCAAAGGCAGGCUAGAAGUGACUCUGUGAUAAUAAUGAAAAUAAUAACAAAUAAUAAUUUAUAAUUUAUAUAGCACCUAUAAAGAUAUAGAUUUACAUGGUGCUUUGACAAAAUAUGUAUAAAAAUAUAGCACAAAAGAAUUGUGAAAACAAUAUGUCAUAAGACCCUGGCACCAGAGGGAUACAGACAUCAACACAGGGACCUCCACAACUGAAGAACCCAAAC